AUGGGGCACCCGGCCGACCCGUCUCCGAGCGGGGCCAGCCGAGUGAGGAGGGCCGCCGACCGUUUGGGGUGGCGGAGUGGGCCGGAGGGCCCGAGGCGCCUCCAGAUCGGGAGCUCCCGGAGCGCGCUCGUCUUGAACCCAGAGGGCGGACCUGAGCGGCGGCAGGGGCUGCAGGGGGCGGGCACGCCGGGAACAGGCCGAGGAUGGGGCUGGGGGCAGCGGCUCAUCAAGGAGCAGGACACCCCGACCCCCAGCCCCACUUACCAGCCGAGCCCCACGGCAGCCGCCUGGGCCGAGAGCACAGCUGAGUCGGGCCGGGCCGGCCUCUCCCACCCGGAGUCGGGGGAGUUCUCCCCAGUGGCAGAGGAGACCCGGGGGGUUGAGCACCUUGCCCCCUGCCGGCAGAGUCGCCCCCCCCAGAAGCGAGUGUCUGCGGGAGGGCGGACGUGUCCUGCGGCCCACACGGCCCACACGGCCCAAGGUGCUGGGUGCGUGAGGGGAAGGAGAGCGGCUUUAUCCGGCUUCGCAGAGCCCUGAGCCACACGGGGAAACGGAAGUUCAGGGGGGUGCCGCCUCACCCGGGGAGAUCACACAGGCAGCGCAGGGCCCGCCCCAGCGCGCCCCAGCCCCAGCCCAGGCCAGGCCCCCGAGGAAGCGCAGGUUUGGAUGGGGGUGCAGACCCCGCGUGGGGCUGGGGAGGGGGCCGGAGACGGGAAACCCAGGGGUCCGCAAACACCGCUGCACGAGGGCUGCUGGUGGACGCGCGGCCCCGGGAGCAGGGGCGAGAGGGAUCCCUGCCCGGGAGGGAGGUCCCGGGAUGGCCGGAGUUGGAAACCAGCGGCACUGAAGCCAGCUUCCCAGGGGCAGCCCCCUCCACGCCCCCGGACCCAGGCGGCCCGAGGUCGACUCCCUCUGCCCAGCGCAGCCACACAGCCCUCGGGGGCUGGGCUCCAGCCAGGAGAUGGCUGCGCCCGGGGCCCCGGCCAGGUCCCGGGAAAGGAUGCCAGGAGGUGCUCAGGCCUCGGAGCGGGUGGGGUAUUUAUACCGCGGGACGGGGUGUUCCCUCAGAGGGCUGGUGCACCGCGCGCUGGGCCGGCUGCGGGGAGGACCCGGCUGCAGGCACUGCCCUCCUUCCCCACGCCUGCGGCCGGGGCGGGCUGGCCUUGGAGCAGCUGCUGUCCGGCAAGGGACUCGGAGCCAGGAGCCAGCCCCCCUGCCAUGGGCGGGGCCGUGGUGGACGAGGGCCCCUCCGGGGUCCCGGCCCCCGACGGGGGCUGGGGCUGGGCCGUGCUGGUGGGCUGCUUCGUCAUCACGGGCUUCUCCUACGCCUUCCCCAAGGCGGUCAGCGUGUUCUUCAAGGAGCUGAUGCAUGAGUUCGGCAUCGGCUACAGCGACACGGCCUGGAUCUCGUCCAUCCUGCUUGCCAUGCUGUACGGGACAGGCCCGCUCUGCAGCGUGUGUGUGAACCGCUUCGGCUGCCGGCCAGUCAUGCUGGUGGGGGGUCUGCUGGCGUCCCUGGGCAUGGUGGCUGCGUCCUUCUGCCGGAGCAUCGUCCAGCUGUACUUCACCACUGGGGUCCUCACCGGCCUGGGCCUGGCGCUCAACUUCCAGCCGUCACUCAUCAUGCUCAACCGGUACUUCAACAAGCGGCGGCCCGUGGCCAACGGGCUGGCGGCGGCAGGCAGCCCCGUGUUCCUGUGUGCGCUGUCCCCGCUGGGCCAGCUGCUGCAGGACCACUACGGCUGGCGGGGCGGCUUCCUCAUCCUGGGUGGCCUGCUGCUCAACUGCUGUGUGUGUGCUGCGCUCAUGCGGCCCCUGGUGGCGGCCGGCGCGGCGCCCGCGCCCGGGCCCCAGCAGCCGGCCCGGCGGCUGCUGGACCUGAGCGUCUUCCGGGACCGCGGCUUCGUGGUCUACGCGGCGGCCGCCUCCACCAUGGUGCUGGGGCUCUUCGUGCCGCCCGUGUUCGUGGUGAGCUACGCCAAGGACUUGGGCGUGCCGGACACCCGGGCCGCCUUCCUGCUGACGGUCCUGGGCUUCGUGGACAUCUUCGCCCGGCCCGCCGCCGGCUUCGUCACGGGGCUCCCCCGGGUGCGGCCCUACUCGGUCUACCUCUUCAGCUUCUCCAUGUUCUUCAACGGCUUCACCGACCUCACGGGCUCCACGGCCGCCAGCUACGGCGGCCUGGCGGUCUUCUGCAUCUUCUUCGGCAUCUCCUACGGCAUGGUGGGGGCCCUGCAGUUCGAGGUGCUCAUGGCCAUCGUGGGCACCCACAAGUUCUCCAGUGCCAUCGGCCUCGUGCUGCUGCUGGAGGCCAUCGCCGUGCUCAUCGGGCCCCCGUCUGGAGGCAGGCUCCUGGACGCCACGGGAAGGUACCAGUUCGUGUUCCUCCUGGCGGGGGCGGAGGUGGUGGCCGCCUCCCUGGUGCUGCUGCUGGGCAACCUCUGCCUUGGGAAGCGGCCCGCGGGGGCCGCCCAGGAGGAAGAGGCCCACAAGCCCCCGGUGGACGCCAGGGACGGGGUGGACUCGAGGGAGGUGGAGCAGUUCCUGAAGGCGGAGCCCGAGAAAGCCGGAGAGACGGCUCACACCCCGGAGACGAGCGUCUGAGCCGGCGCGGCCGGGAUGCGGGGACACCGAGUCGAGGCCUCAGGGCUUGAGUUUAUUUCACGGACAGGACUGGCUCGGGCGGGGCCCCGGCUCCCCGCAGCGGGUCAUCGCCGUCACUGUUUUUCGGGGAGGUGGUGGGUGGGAACCGUGUCAUUCCAGAGCAGAUCUGUGGUGAGGUCAAGCUCGAGUCACAGGCCGUCUGCACCAGGCGCCCAGCCUGCUGGGCGGCCAGGCGCCCACAGUUGGGAGCAAGGACUCAGAAAACCGGGUUUCAGAGACACUCUCCAGGCGGCGGCCCGGGCACAG